ACUCCUCGAGCGAGUGUACACCGUGCAGGAGAGACGGCGCGCGCUCGGAGGAUGGACGCUCACAGAUAACAGUCGGCGCUUGCCGAGCUCUCUUUUUUUAUUGACAGAAAGCUGUUUUUUUUUAUAUAUAUAUUUAUAUAUAUAUAUGUAUAUCUUUCCAGUGGUGGUAUUGCUGUCGAAACCAAAUUUGGACUGUUUUGUGGAUGAAAAUGGACGAAUUAUUAUGAAGUUUUAAACCUGUCGAACUUUACUCACUUCCUUUGCUGCGGAGCAUCCGAGUCAGUGGAACUUAACCGUAUUCGACUGUUUGUGAAAGUUUGAGACUGAUUUUGCGGCUGCGGAAGAAUAUAGUCGCUUACUUUUCUUAAGGAAAUAUCACUCUCCUGCACAGCGGGUUGACUCGCCGAAGAGACUUUCCAGAUCUCGAGCGCUGCGUCCGUUUCGCCUUUUCUAAGGAAGAUGCUGUGUGUGUGGGGAGAGCGCGCACGAGCUCCAGGCCCGCUGCUCGCGCUGCUGUUCAUCGGCGGAACCUUCGUGUGCAAUGCAGAUGGCAGUGACUACAGUGAAGUUCUGCCCGACUCCUUCCCCUCUGCGCCAGCUGAGCCUCUGCCUGAAUUCCAGAGUGAGCCGGAGGACACAUUCAUUGUAAAGAACAGACCAGUCAAACUCUCCUGCAAAGCAUCUCCCGCCACCCAGAUCUAUUUCAAAUGCAACGGCGAGUGGGUCAACCAGAACGACCACGUCACCAGAGAGAGCCUGGACCAGGUCACAGGUCUGGUGGUGCGUGAGGUAGACAUCUCAGUAUCCAGAGUUCAGGUUGAGGAGCUCUUUGGCUUGGAAGAUUACUGGUGCCAGUGUGUAGCCUGGAGCUCUGCGGGUACCACCAAGAGCCGACGCGCAUACGUUCGCAUUGCAUACCUCAGGAAAAACUUUGAGCAGGAGCCACUCGGCAGGGAAGUGCGUCUGGAACAGGAAGUUUUGCUGCAGUGCCGCCCACCAGAAGGGAUCCCACCUGCUGAGGUAGAAUGGUUGAAGAAUGAGGACCUGGUUGAUCCUGUGCAGGACUCCAACUUUCUCAUAACCAUUGACCAUGACCUCAUUAUCAAGCAGGCACGUCUUUCUGACACAGCUAACUACACAUGUGUGGCCCGAAAUGUGGUCGCCAAGCGAAGGAGCAGCACUGCGACACUCAUCGUAUAUGUGAGUGGAGGCUGGUCAUCCUGGACAGAGUGGUCAGAGUGUAAUGCACGUUGUGGGCGGGGCUGGCAGCGACGGACACGUAGUUGCACCAAUCCAGCACCACUUAAUGGAGGUGCUUUUUGUGAGGGCUCACCCUUUCAAAGAGUCACCUGCACCACCCUCUGUCCAGUGGACGGAGGCUGGACGGAGUGGGCUAAGUGGUCAGCAUGUGGGACCGAGUGCACACACUGGCGCAGCCGUGAAUGUCAGGCCCCUCCCCCACGUAACGGAGGACGCCACUGCAGUGGCAGCAUGAUGGAGAGCAAAAACUGCACCGAGGGACUGUGUGCCCGUUAUAAAAAGGUUUCUGUUGAACAUACAAACCAUCUGGAUUCCGGGGCAGGAGUGGCUAUGUAUGCAAGGCUCGUGGGGGCUCUGUUGCUGUGUGUAAUCCUUGUGCUCAGUGUGGGCAUCCUAGCUUACCGCCGAGGCUGUCGCCAUUUCCACGGAGAUAUCACCGACUCCUCAUCUGCCCUUGCUGCUGCCUUCCAUCCUGGCAAACCGCCAAGACAAGAUAACCUUCAUGUGCUGCACUCCUCAGCUCCCCCCGACCUCACUGCUAGUGCCGGAACAUUCCGGGGGCCGAUCUUCUCCUCCUUGCAGCAGAGCACACUUGACUCGCACCACAAGAUCCCCAUGACCAACUCACCCCUGUUGGAUGCUCUGCCCAGCCUCAAGAUUAAAGUGUAUGACUCCUCUACCAUGUCAUCGCUGGAGCUGCCUACCAGCCUGGGAUGUGCCGAUGAAGACAUCAUGAGCUUGAAGACGAUGGGCAGCGGUGCACGAGAGCAUCGAACACAUACUCUGCUAGCUGAACCGGGCCACAGCACCAGUGCCACAUUAGGCAGCCUCGGCGGGCGCCUCACCAUCCCUAACACAGGUGUGAGCCUAUUGGUGCCGCCAGGAACCAUUCCUCAGGGGAAAUUCUAUGAAAUGUAUCUCAUCAUCAACAAAUGGGAAAAGACUACGUUGCCAUCAGAGGGUGGUCAGACAGUCCUGAGUCCAGUGGUGAGCUGUGGGCCCUCAGCUAUGCUGCUAAGCCGCCCAGUCAUCCUCACCCUGCCCCACUGCGCCUACCUCGAGAUUCCCAACUGGAGCCUCACUCUCAAAACGCAGAGCAACCAAGGAGUCUGGGAGGAGGUGCUGACUAUAGGAGAGGAGAGUUUGUCCUCACCAUGUUACAUGCAAUUGGAGGAGCAGAGCUGCCACAUACUGAUGGAGCACUUAGGCACCUAUGGUCUGGUUGGACAGUCAGUUCCUCCUCAGCCUGCUUGUAAGAGGCUACAGCUUGCCCUGUUUGCUCCCCGAGCUCCUUGCCUCUCUCUGGAUUACAGUCUGAGGGUCUACUGCAUACAAGACACUCCAUAUGCCCUAAAGGAAGUGUUAGAAUUAGAGCGAACACUUGGUGGGGUGUUAUUGGAGGAUCCCAAGUCACUCCUCUUUAAGGACAGUUACAACAACCUGCGACUGUCGAUCCAUGACAUCCCACACUCUCACUGGAGGAGCAAGCUUCUUGCCAAGUAUCAGGAGAUCCCAUUCUACCACAUCUGGAAUGGGAGCCAGCGGCCCCUACAUUGCACCUUUAGCCUGGAGAGAGGCAGCCUGGCUGUGUCCCAGCUUAGCUGUAAGAUCUGUGUGAGACAGGUAGAGGGGGAGGGACAGAUAUUCCAGCUCCACACAGACAUCCAGGAGACAUUGCCCCCUCAUUCACCGCUGCCUGCAGCAGGAACAAGCCUGCCGUCAUCUCAGGUGGGUCCUUAUGCCUUCCGCCUGCCAGCCUCCAUCCGCCAAAAGAUCUGUGCCAGUCUUGAUGCCCCCAGUGCCCGCGGCUGUGACUGGAGACUGCUUGCACACAGCCUGGGCUUUGACAGGUACCUGAACUACUUUGCCACCAAGCCAAGUCCCACAGGUGUACUGCUCGACCUGUGGGAAGCUUGUCACCACGGUGAUGCCGACCUGGUCUCCCUGGCGACUGCGCUGGAAGAGAUGGGCAAGAGUGAGGUCUUGGUUGUCAUGACGACAGAUGAGGAUUGCUGAUUGGGUAAUCAAAAAGGAAAGAAAUGUGCCACCAUGAAUAAAGCAAUCAUUAAUGCCAGUGGAUGGGCAUACAGUAGAGAUGCGACCACACACCCUGACUCGUCACCGUGUGUGCACACUACAGAAGAUACAGAGCUGCAAGCCAUUGGCUCCACGAUCUCUCAGUCUUACACACACUACUGCACUCAGUCAUAAUGAACAUGAACCAAAAAAAUGUGAUGUCAUUUGAAUGAGAACAUUUUUUAAUCUUAAUGCAGGUAGCAGGUUGAAAUCUGGGCCUGUCUGCUUAAAUCCACAUGUACAAGCUCACGAUUCAAGAAUGCUUUUUGCCCUCUCAGACGUAAAUAAUUUUUUCAUCUAAACACAAAACACCCACACACUCAGAAUACAUGCUGGAAGCUAAGUGUGAAAGUGCAUGAUUAAGUGUCACUUAAGGUCGUGAUUGAGCUUUUGUUUCUUAGUGAUUACUGGAGGCUUAAAGUCACCAUCAAACCGACUCUAGAGUGAAGCAUUUUCUCAAGCUGCUCACACACACACACACACACACACGAAAGGUCCUUACACAGUUACGCAGAAUAGAGUGUUGAUAAUAAAGCACGGAAGUAGCCAAAUGAACCAGACAUAGACUCAGAAACAGCAGUACUGCAGUAGUUAUUAGUUUUGCCAUUUUCAUUUACAACAUAUUGAGAAUAGACCGUAGUGAACCUGACACUGCUGGUUCCUGUUUCGCAAAAUUCUUGACAUGCUUAUGAUUAGCAAAAAAGAAACAGGGAGCUUUUGUUGUUGCAAGAAAGUAGGGAUGUACUGAUUACACGUUUCAAUACAAUAAGUAUUGCAUAUACCUGAUACUGAUUCAGUACUGACAUCCGCACAGGAAACAAGCCAAAUCUCUGCAAGCUGCUGUCGCCUAGUUAUGCAAAAUAUCAGAGACAUGAUGGUGCCAUGUUCAAGUCAGCGUCACUCACCGUCAUGACAAAACACAUCAGAGGAUCAGAUCAGAUCCCAUAACAAAGGCGAGUAUCAGUGCAUCUCUAGAGGAAAGCUCUAUGAACUGGAUUUCCCUUUUACAUUAUUUAAGUCAUCUUCAUUGUUUUUAAUGACAUUUUCUCUUCAACACAUCAUACAAAAUGCAGAAGAGCUAUCACACAAAGGUUUCCUAUAGGGAACGCACUUUUUAAUUUACUGUCCAUAUUAGUGGAUUCGUUUUUUCAUUCCCUCACGUUGUAUCUGUUGUUGAGUAGAGCGUAUGCGUAUGUGCUUGACUGCUGUUACAUUACAUUUCACAAGUAAGGAGUGGUUAAAAAGUGCUUAAAGGACUUCAAGUCGUUUAAAUGCUGUGUAAUAUGUCAUGGGUAAACUGUCAUUUCAGACAUUGAAACAGACAUGAAAAAUGUGAGCUUUGAUUCUGUGAUCUUGUGUUUGGGUUCAACUCCAGCCAUUAAUCACUGCUCAGACUCUAAGGUCAUGCAAUUGUAGGCCUUGUGUUAAGUGUCUUUGGAAAUGGCAUGGCUGCUCUUUGGACCACAUUGUGUCACGUCCAGUCUUCUCAGACUGUGGGUUGGAAAUGUUACUAUAGUGUGAGACUAACAGCCAUGGCUGUCAUAGGCCCUUUACCAUUUGUCCAUUUUGAUGUUGUAUCAUUAGCAUAUUGUGACCUUAAUAUUAUAAGGUUCAGUCUGGCAUUUUGGCCGGAAAUGAGUUCAGCACGUUAGUUGGAACAUAACUUCACAUUUGGUAUUAUUCUCUCUCUCUCUCUCUCUCUCUCUCUCUCUUUAUUUUACAAGUUCUCUGGUUCUAUAUUUUAAGGAAAGUUGCACGUCUAAAAUGAACUUGGAAUGAACUUGGAUUCUAUCACAGCCCAUCAUAAUUAUAGAUGAAUUAUUAAUGAAUAUUUUUAUUAAUUGUAAUAAAUUGCCAAUCAAAGUCUGCGCAGUUUAAUACAGUGAAUGGAGCACAGCAGUGCUAUCAGACAUUUUUGUGGCAUAAAUGAGCAGGAAAAAAAAGCAUUUAAGUGUUGAAAGCAUUUAUGAGUGCUAAUUUUAGUUCAUACAGCUAGUGAAGUAUAAAAAAAUCCUUUGUCCUACUCGAGUGUAUUUACACCUCUAACAAUGUGUUAAACUUCAAAAAAAAAAAUUAAAAAGCCUUGAACACAGUAGAAAGCUUAGAAAUGCUAGUGGUAAAUAUUAGCUAACACCAACCUACCUCCAGUAAUGUUUUUUUUAUUUUUCUGCAGUAGCUCAGAGUGAAAGCAGGACUAAAUAUUAGCUAAAUAAUAAAUGUUAUAUAUUAAGUAGCUAUAAUACAUGCACCUAUUGGUUUUAUUGUGUGUACCUUUUGUCAGUAAAAAAGUUUUUUUUUUCCCCCAGUGUAUAUUUACUGUAUGAAUGACUUCACAUAAAAUCAUUUCAGAAGUGACAUAUAAGAAAUCAGCCUACUGGAGUGCAAAUGGUGGCCAUCUCUGUCUUAAAAUGAAUUACUGAGUUGUAAUCAUGCUAAUAACUUUAUAACCAUGCAUCCUACCUGGUCAAAUACCCACUCUUUAAAUAUCUCAGGGCUUUGAUAAUGUACAUGUAAAGCACUUUCAAACUCGAAACCCUACUGACAUAUAAAUAUGGAUGUCACUUCUGUAGCAUUUGUUAGCUGAAAUGUCACAUCUUUGAUGCUUGAUAUAAAAAAAAAGUGCUUUUUAACCAGGUAGAACAAUAUAAUUCUAAGGUCACAAUAUGUCUAAUUUUUUUUUACAGCCAUUUCUUUGUAAAAGUGUUGAGAUAUCCUCCAGAAAAUAAGCAGUAUCUGUCCAUAUUUCUGGAAAAGUCAUUUUUGUGGUGUGUGUGUCUGUGUGUGUGUGUGUGUGUGUGUGUGUGUGUGUGUGUGUGUACAAGUGCUGUUGAAUGCGUGCUGAUUGAAGGGCCUCAUUUUGUAGCAGUUUCUUUUACCUUUUUAUGUAAAUUCUAUGCAAGUACAAAAUGAGUAAAUUUGCAGACCUCCUUAAAGUUUUCCGCUGGAUGUGCAAGUGUCAGUUUGGAAAUUGCCAUGCUGUACUAUGACACAUGCUGGAACAGGCCUUAAGGAUAUAAAGCUUCUCCAAGGCUCAUCAGCAGAAACAAACAAUAUAAAAUGACUCCAGGAUGUUGGGAUUAUAACUGGUUUCCAUGUGCUCUUUGCUGCUUUUCUGACCCGUGUGGAGGAAUUCUGCCAUCAAUAGACAAAAAUAAAUAUUCUUUCUGAGGAGGAGUAAAUUAAAACCUCUACCCAUGAUAAAGAUUGGCAGUUAUGACACUGUUGAUUGUACAGAAUGCUCCUAAGCACAUGAAUUUGUUUCUGGAAACCUCUUCUAACCCAGACACAACCUUUUGGACAUCCGUCAGGUAUGAGACAUGGGACUGCAUCUAGUCUCAUCCUACGGAGUUCAACCUCCUUCUGGAUGUUGGUUGCUUUUCACAAACCCUGAGUGAUUUUGUUCUGAUGUCAUACCAGAACUCUUGAGGUCUUUUUUUUUGUUUGUUUGUUUGUUUCAUUUAAACACUGUAAAUGUCGAUUGUACAUAAAUGUUUAGCCUUCUUACUGUAACUAAAUAUAAUUU